GCCGUCGCCGGUGCCGGCCCGACGUGGCACCGUUCACCUCUCUACUUACCACGACGACGACGGCGUACUGCUCGCCAUGGCUGCAUUGCGACGAGUAGCGUCGCACGCAUUGUCAUCGCCUGCACGUAUUCGCCCUUUUACUCCUAGCCGUGGCCUGUUCACCAAAUCUUCCACUGUCCCGCAAUCACCCGUUCGUACGGGUCUGUAUGCGACCGUCUUCGCCAUUUCAGCAGGUCUUUUCGCGGUAUACUACUUCGACUCGCGUUCUGCGAUUCACCGUUAUGUCUUGACGCCUCUUCUGAGGUACUCUUUGGAUCCGGAGACAGGGCACAAGUUUGCCGUGCAAGUGCUGAGAAGUGGACUAGGGCCCAAGGACGUGGUUGCAGACGACGAGAGACUGAAAUUCGAGCUCUGGGGAAAAUCAAUAUCCAAUCCGGUCGGUCUUGCAGCUGGUUUCGACAAGGAUGGCGAGGCAAUAGAUGGCCUCUUUGAUCUUGGAUUCAGUUGGGUGGAGGUUGGCAGUGUAACCCCAAGUCCACAGUCAGGGAACCCCCGGCCGCGUUUCUUCCAUCUACCUGAAGAUUCUGCAGUUAUAAACCGCUAUGGAUUUCCUUCACAAGGGCAUAUAUCUGUCUUAAACCGGAUACGAGCGCGUAUACCGACAUUCCUGCUGGAGGACAAUGACACCGCGUCUUUUCGCUCUGGAUCCGUCCUAGCUGUCAACCUUGGCAAAAACAAGACCUCACCAGCAGAUUCAAUACAGGACUUUGUUGAUGGUGUCCGCAUGUUUGGACCUUAUUCCGAUGUACUGGUGGUCAAUGUGUCGAGUCCCAAUACCCCCGGGUUACGUGGUCUCCAAGGUCGCGAUACCUUACAGACACUCCUUGAGGGCGUGACAAAAGCCCGGGACAACCUCCCUCCAUCUGCUGUGACUUCUACUCCCAAACCCAAACUAAUCUUGAAGAUAGCUCCGGACCUCAACGAGUCGCAGCUCGUCGAAAUGGCAGAGGUGCUACGAAAUAGUCGUAUUGAUGGUGUCAUCGUGAGCAACACGACUAUCUCACGACCAUCUUCACUCCACCACCCGAGUAAAGUUGAAGCUGGGGGACUAUCCGGGGUUCCUUUGAAAGAGCUCUCUUUGUCUGCACUCAAGACGCUUCGACAGCAUCUUCCGGAGAGUAUACCUCUCAUCGGGUGUGGAGGUAUAUCUUCUGGAGAAGAUGCGCUGGACUACGCUAAGGCCGGGGCGUCCCUGGUACAGGUAUAUACGGGCUUUGGGUAUGACGGUGCUGGUGCGUGUAGGCGCAUCAAAGACCAGAUUGUCGAGACGCUGGCCAAGGACGGGGUCACUUGGGCGGAUGUUGUCAGUAAAGCGGUGAAGGAUCUAAGCUGGAAAGAGAAAGAGAAAGAAAGCGAAGUGUCACUGCUGACGAAGGAGGCGGAGGAGCUGAAGAGGCUCUUGGAUGCACUUGGAGAUAAAAUGGGAUCCGGCGAAGUUGGUGUGUAAGUAGAAACAAUGCUUCAUGGAAUUAUUGUGAAUGCCCUCAGAGAACAUACUAUUUCUGCCACGCAUUCAUUAAGUGUCUUUGGUGGUUCCUUCGUCAGAUAGAAAUUUGGUUGUUUCAAUAUUUGUCGUACGAGCUACUACUGUUCCACGUGUUAAUACGCACAUUACUUUCACAGCCGCCAUCCAUCAUGUUUAUCGAGUGGGCAAUAUCGACGCCGUUCCGAAAUUCGGACAACGCAUUUCCAGAGGACCGAGGUGAAUUCAGA